GGUGGGACAAGGCCGCCUUGGUGGUGUUACCGGAAGUGGCCGUUGUAAAUUUCUCCUCGAGCUGAGGGCGGGGCGGCGUGGGGUUUUUUGGUCAUCUCUGGGUCCUAACGCCUAGCCCAUCCCAUCGUCCGUUCCCACCUAGCCCGGGCUCCGCUCUUCCUGCCGGCCGGCCGGCCCGGUGCUGCCAGCCACUGCUCCCCGGCAGGGCUGCCCCGCAGAGGCUAUCUGAGGGUCAGAAAAUGACAAGGCAGAGCUGACUUACAGGUUUUAAUAGAUCCAUAUGAUGCAAAGAGAAGAGUUAUCUCUGAAGUGUCUCAGUUUCUGUAAAAGAAUAUAAUUGAAGUUCGUUAUCCAGACACUAUAAAUUAAAAAGUUGGAGAUUUGUCAUCAUGAAUUCUACCCCUCCAAUCAGUUACACUAUUCCUGAAAUCAAACGCCUACACUGUAUCCAGAGUGAGUUGAGGCUACUGCAAAAUAGUAGUCAGUUAGAGCUGGAUGUUACUGAAGAUCUGAGAAGGAAACUUCAUCAAGCCAAAAAAGAAAAACUGGACAUAACCACUAAACAUAACCAAGAUCUGUCCAACUAUGAAAGCCAGAUUGCUAGGUUGCGAUCUGAAGUUGAGAAAGGAGAGGCCAUUCGACAAAGUCUGGAGUAUGAACUUGUCAUUGCCAGAAAAGAUGCUGGUCUUGAAAGAUACUCCGCAGAGGAAAAAUUAUGUGAAGCUAGCAAUCGAUUUCAGCAGCUGCAAGCCAUGAAUGCAGAGCUUCAGCAGAAAUUGGCUGAGACUGAGAAAGUGUUUCAUAUUUCUCAGCAGAAUUGGAAGGAACAGCAGCAAAGACUUACAAAUGACUUAGAGGAGAAAGAUAACAUCCUCAAGACCUGUAAUAGUGAAUAUGAGUUACUUCUGAAGGAGAGGACUAAACUGGAAAACGUUAUACAGGAGACUCUGGAGCAUCACAAGGAGCAGAGGGAUAUGAUGGAAUUGCAAAUCAGAGAGACAGCAGUAAAGGAGUUCAGGUUUCAGUUAGAGCAGUGUGAAGCAGAAAGAAGAGAGUUCCAGUUUAUGUUGCAGGAACGGAACAAUGCACUGCAGAAUAUGCAUAAGAAAAUACAAGAUCUGGAAUUGGAACAUAAUGACUGCACUGACAUUCUCCGGCGACAGGCCAGUGAACUUGAAUACAGUACUGAACGAGAGGAGAGACUUAAAAAAGAUCUUGAGGCAGCUACUGUGAGAGUGAAGAAAUUGGAAGAAAAUAUUGAGGCAGAGAGAGCAGCACAUCUGGAAUCCAAAUUUAAUUCUGAAAUUAUCCAGUUAAGGAUUCGAGACCUUGAAGGAGCUUUGCAGGUAGAAAAAGCCAGCCAAGCAGAAGCUCUUUCUGAUUUGGAAAUGAUCAAGAAAGAGUUCAAAGAGGUGGAAAACGCAUAUGAGAGAGAGAAACGUAAUGCCCAAGAGAGCUUGGAAAAACUCAAUAUAUUCGAAAAAGAGUAUUUUUCUACAAACAAGCAACUAAAUGAAGAGAUUGAGGAAAAGAAGAAAGUAAUUACAGACCUCUCUGAGAGACUCCAGGAUAAUGAAAAAAGUUGCAAAGAAUUACAGGAGGAACUUGCAAAGGCCAAGAAACGCCAGGCCUUCCUAACAGAGAUGUGUGAAAACAACGUGAGAGAACUGGAGUUACUCUUGGACAGCUUUACUAUGUCAAGCCAGCGGACAGCAGGCAGUCACAAGGACAAAGAUAAACCUCCAAGCCUCUCUGUUGUCCUUGAGACUUUGAGGAAUACCUUGACAGAUUACCAGAACAAGCUGGAAGAUACAUCUAAUGAGCUAAAGAAAAUGAAAGCUUCACGUGAGAAGAUGACAAAAGAGAUUGACUCAUCCAAACAAAAAAUAUGGUCUCAAAGUCAAGACCUUAAGGAAGCUCAGGAUAACCUGGCUGAUGCCAAUGAAGAGUUAAAUCAUCUACGCACUAAGUAUGCAGACAGAGAGGCUUUAAUAGGCACUUUAAAAAUGGAACUGCAGAAUGUACUUCACUGCUGGGAGAAAGAGAAAGUCCGUGCCACAGAAUCAGAAAAUGAAAUCCAGAAGCUUACCAGGGCUUACCAGAAGGAUACUGAGGAGAAGCUAACUUUCCUCCAUACUUUAUAUCAGCAUUUGGUAGCAGGCUGUGUGCUUAUAAAACAACCAGAAGGCAUCCUGGAUAAAUUCUCCUGGCCUGAGCUUUGUGCAAUCUUGCAGGAGAAUGUUGAUGCCCUGAUCUUAGACCUCAGCAGGGCUAAUGAGAAGAUAUCUCAUCUAGAAUAUAUUUGCAAGAACAAGUCUGAUACCAUGAGGGAACUUCAACAGACCCAGGAAGACACUUUUAACAAAGUGGCUGAGCAGAUGAAAGCACAGGAAAGCUGUUGGCAGAAACAGAAAAAGGAGUUGGAGCAGCAGUACUCAGGACUCCUUGGGGAAGUUCAUGCAAGGGCACAGAAAUAUCAAGAAACUGCAGAAAAAGCCAAGGAAAGAUGUUCUGUCAUUGAAAAAGCACGAGAGCAGUUGGUCCAUGAAAAUUCACAGUUGAAAAGUAUAUUAAUACAGACACAAAAGGAACAUACAUCUCUGCUGGCUGCCUGUGCACUCAUGAGUGGUGCCUUAUAUCCUCUGUACAGCCGAUUAUGUGCCUUAUCUACACAAAGAGACUUUCUCCAGGAUCAGGUCCACACCUAUGAAGUACUCAAACAGGAAAUUAGGACUCUGGUCUAUGCUAUGUCUGAUGUAGAGGAAAAGAGGCAGGAUGAAGCGAAGAUAAAGAAAAAGCAUUUCAAAGGCAUGAUACAUGUAUUCCGGAAAGGUGUUAUUGCAGUUCUGGCAGCACACAGACUUCAAAUUUUGGGACAGUCAAGUAGCUCUCUUUUCUCCUGGGUAGAUGGUUUCAAAGAAGGCAUAGGAAUCCUAGUUUGCAUAGGAGAGGCCAAGGGGAAACAUAAUCUAUCAAAACACCAAAAGGAACAAAUCCACUGUCUUCAAGCACUCAACUGGUUUACUAGUUCUGACCUUCUUGCUGCAAUAAUCAGUUCCGUGGCUGAAUUACAGGAAGUUGUUAGCAAAACAGAUCCAAAUUCCUGGCUUUGUGGACACUUACUCAUAAGUGCAGCCAGGAAUUCUUUUUCAAAACUCAUGGACAAACUGAAUGUACUAAUGGAGACUAUAGCAGUGGAUAGCAGCAGGACCAUCACAUAUGUAGAGAAGGACUCCUUGGUUCAAAGACUGGCUCGUGGACUUCAUAAAAUAAAUGCACAGGCACUAAAAGCUGGACUAGGUGAUAGAAUACCCAUUACAAAAAGCAUAGCGUCCUUGCAGAAGCAAAUAUUUGAAUUUACACAAAGGCUGCAUACAGCAGAAGUGGAACGCCGUUCACUACGCUUAGAACUCACAGAAUUCAAACGGAAUUUGAAUGAGAUGAAAAAAGAGGCUGACAAAGCCCAGAGCCUGCAAGAGCAAUUAAAUGCAUUUAAGCAAUCUAAAUUGAUCACCCAUGAGAGGUUUGAAAGUGCAUGUGAAGAACUGAAUAAUGCAUUACAUCGAGAGCAGCAGGCACAAAUGCUUUUGAAUGAGCAGGCACAACAGCUACAGGAGUUAAAUUAUAAACUGGAAUUGCACUCAAGUGAAGAAGCGGACAAAAACCAAACCCUAAGUGAAGCUGUAAAGUCUCUCUCCGAGGCAAAGAUGGAGCUGAGAAGAAAAGAUCAAUCUCUGCGUCAGCUCAAUAGACAUCUUACCCAGCUGGAGCAGGACAAGCGUCGACUGGAAGAGAGCAUCCAUGAUGCAGAGAGUGCCCUCCGCAUGGCAGCAAAAGAUAAAGAAUUAAUUGCCAGUCAUAUGAAAUCUGUGGAAGCCACCCUACAGAAGGUCAGAGAUCAGAUCUCGCUGUCACGGACUGCGGCAACCAGGAAUGACUUCACCCUGCAGCUACCCAAACUGCACCUGGAGACCUUUGCAAUGGAAGGGCUGAAGGGCGGGCCAGAGGUUGUAGCAUUUCAGGCUCUGAUUAUAAGUUUUAUGGAUGUCUACCAACUCGCAAGCUCCAGAGUUGCUACACUAGAGAGAGAAAUAGCAUCUCAUCGACAUCACAUUGCAGCCCUGAAAUCAGAACUCCAAACAGCUUGUCUUCGUGAAAAUGAAAGCUUACAAUCACUGUCCGGGCAGAUGUACACCAUUGGACAGGGUCACCAUCAGGCUUUCAAACUGUCUGGUUUCCAGGCUUCUUCACUUGGGAUUUUGGAAACAAAGCACUCAAAAGAAUCACGAGACAGUUCAAACGUCCCCGUGGCUUCAAGAUCAGCACUUCAGCCCGACCAGAGCUGUAUCCCAGAUUUUUUGCCAUUGCAAGCUGAGGCAGAUACAUCUUACAGUUUUAUACACAAUAGACCCCAUUCUCAGUCUUCAUCCUAUUCCUCUGCCCUCAACAUCUCAGCCAGCACCAAAAGAACAAUACAAAAUGGCUUUUAAGACUUUGUAUUAAUUUUAUGAGGAAAAAACUGUAUACAUUUUAAAUGAUGCAAUUAAAAUGAUAUUUUAUUGGGCUAUCUUACUUUUGAAUUGUGCUCUAACGUGUAUUUUUUGGCACUAAUUUUUACAUUUGUUUGAAAACGGUGAGUGUCUGUUCAUACGUCCAUGUUUCUAUACUUCUCACUCCCGGUGUAGUGAAACAGUCCAGUUUUUAGUUUUAUUUAUCACAGUUGCUCAUUUUUAUGUAAUAUAUUUUUAAAUGUUAAAGAGUGACACAUUUUGGGUAAUUUUCUUCAGACUUAAAAAAAAUCAAUAAGCCAUUUUAGUCUCUAUCUAUCAAAGUUGUUUCAUACUUGUCUAUUUUAAAUCAGGACUGCAAUACUUUAAUAGGAUUGAGAGAGCUAUUUGAAAUGUAUGCCAAUGAUUCCUGUCAUUUCAUGGCAGCCCUGCCAUGGUUCACUGAGCCCCCUCUUCUCUCUUGUCAGCUCAACUGAAGACAAGCAUUUAGUUGCAAACUUUAAGCAGGUUGUGCAAAACAGAAAUGAUGUGACUGCUUCUCCUCCUGCACAAUAAUGUCACUCCUGGUCAAUGUGAGAAGGUCAGGUUGCUCCUACAUGAUACCACUUGCCCAUUUGAACAAGUUAAGUUAACUGCUGAAUCUGGUCCCUGCAGGCGUUGAAAACUCAUCCUUUUAUCAAGUCUGCAUUUGAUGAGAAAGUAGAACAAUUGUGCAGGGAGGAUUUCUGAUGACAUGUUUAUGUACUUUAUAAGGACACUUCCCAUACCAGUGUUGCAGGAAAUAUAUUUAGUUUAAGCUGAAAUACUUUAAAGUAAUGGCAGUUUUGACCUUCAAAAUAGACUCCUUUUUUGUUGUUGUUGGUAGGACCCAAGAGUGACGCCCAUCUUUGAUGCUGACAGAAUUUAAAGCAAAGCCAUUGCCCUGCAUUUUCUGCCUUGUAGCACACAAAAGUAAAAUUGUAUGUCAGGCCGAGAUGUCGGGGAGCUGACAAGAUGCCCCAGUGACAUUUCAGCUGGAAAGAGCAAGUGUCUUGCAACCAAGUGGUCAAAUAUCAAAUAAUAGGUCAAGCAGGAAGGAGCUGAGUUCUAACCACAAAGAGGUUUCUGGUAACUUACUUGACAAGCUUUUGGGUGCUUUGUGGCUUGACAAAGUGAUGUUCUGUUGGGUAUCGCUAGACAGACUGUUCUUUAUCGCCUUCAGAAGAUCAGACAUUGACAUUGAUUAAACUCUUUAACCCUUAAAGGUUACAUCCUAGCAUCUUGCAUCAUUGUGAGUGAAGAACAAAAGAAAAUUUAUAAUAUACCAUUUGUUUUUGUAUUAAUCACUGAACUCCCUAGUGCUAUUAACGUUUGAUGUGCUAUGUAGUUUUUGACAAAGAUUGAAUGCAAAAUCUAUAUAUUAGAUUGUUUCUUAUUGUGGACCAGUGAUACAUUAUAAAAAUAACAUUGUGGAAUUUGUCUUUCUUGUACUAUGUUAAAAGUAACAUUUGAUUCUAAGAAUUCUGACUACUGAAAUGUUCUUUAUUUUGCCUGGAAGAUAUUUGCAUACAUAAUACAUACAUUAUAAGAAAAAUCAUGCAAAUUCCCAUUUUCCCUUCUACCAAGGACUCUACUAUCAAUAUUAGGUUAUAGAACCUUGAAACCUACUAGCAAGUUUUCAAGUAUUUUUGAUUUUUCAGGUCCCUUAUUUAUAUGUGCAUCUGCAGGCUUUUUGGUGUAGAUCCACACAAACAUAAUAUUUGAGCUAUUUUUAUUUUCAAAAGUACUGAUACAAAAAGUAAAAAUACUCUUUUCUUUAUGAUGUGUUUGGUUUAGAUCGCUUAAGACAGACUUUUCUAUUUACUUCCUAAGACAGCUUCCCUCCUUCCUAACAAUGACUAUUCCUAGUAAAAGUAUUGAAAAUGCCAUACAUUUUUCUCACAUAUGUAAUGUCAAAGGUCUUUUAUACUUGCAUGUAGAGUGACAUAAUACAUUUCACUGAGCAUUUGUUAUAUCUAUUGUGUACGUGGUUUAUAUGUGUAUGCUUACUUUCAAAAAUAGUACCAUUUGAGAGGUGUCAGUCUGAGAUAUACUGUGCAUACACUUUGGUACACGAACUCAUUAAUGGCUCAAUAAUCAAUAAUCUGGAUCAUCAACAGGAAAAUGCUGCUGCAUUGCUCUUCAGGUUUAUAAAAAACUUUCAUGGCCAAGUGAAAAAUUAUAAAGGAGCAGAGAAGAUCCUGCUUGGGCAGAUCUCACCUAAGAGGGUUUAAAAAAGAGAAGGUGCCUCCAUGGCAUUCCCUUCUUCCCCUCUUUGGGAACACUUUGGAGCCCAUUGUAUUGGGACUCCAUGCAUUUAGAGGCAGUGGGUGGGAGGGGGAAUUGCUCAAGCACGUCCGUCCAUAGCCAAUAUCCUAGGUCUAUCUCAAGCUGAUUGUAGGCAGAAUAUAGGUCAGAAAUGGCCCAGGAUAGUGGUGGAUAAAUGCUUGUUUGCCACCACAACUUUCCUCUAAAAGCUUCAUUCCUACUAUUUGAUUCACUAUUUAUAUGAAACUGCUAGGAGAGAUUAUGAGCCUGUGUGGUCUCAAAUGCUAGCAAUAUGUAGAUGUCACCCCUCCCUUGUUUAUUGUUCGCAUCAUAUGCAAACACCAACACCGCCCAUUUAUCCUGACAUCUGGGUGAGGAGGAGCCGGCUGAAGCAAAAAUGAGGUUAUGCUGGUAGGCACAGGGAAACAUUUUAAAGUGCUUCUCAUCACUGUUCAUAUUUCUUCCAGUUGAGGAUGCUAGUUCCCAAAUCAUUGAAGUAGGAUGUAGCAUAGGAGUCUUUCUGUAUUUCUCGCUGAUGCUAGACUUCACAUAACACUGGCUGGAAAAAAACAACCCAGAGAUUAAAUAAUUAAAACUCCAUAAACCUUGGCUUAAAAGCAGGAGCCUUGGAAAAGGCUACUUGUGCUACUGGUAGUCCAUGUUGCUCUGGAGGCGUGCUGCCACAUUUUAUACAUCGCCUUUAUAAUAUGUACUUACUUACAAAGCCCUCUGAGGUCUGGGCCCAAGAUGUUCAAAAGGACUGCUUCAUUCUUGGGACUUUAACUGCCCUCAAUAGCUCUGUUCCAUGAGAACACUGGAACCUGUCUACCUGGAGCUGGCUCUUUCUCAGAGCUGUUCUGGAACUUUGGAACUUACAUCCACAGGAACAAAGAAUGAUCCCAGACCUCCCCAGUUGCAGGUCUCAAAUGCUAAGCUUGCUUCUUUGAACUUAUUUUCACACAAAGCAACUGGACUCUGAUUACAAUUUACAUAAGGAUAAUUUAUUAUUGUCCUUAUGGAAAUUGCAAUCAUUUACACCCUCACAAUGGAAAGGAACAUUUUAAAUUGUUAAUGUACAUUAUGUAUGUGUAUUCUCUGGCAAUGUGCUCAGGUAGCAUGAUGAUGGGUAUGGUAUAAGAAACUGAUCAGAAAUAUCUUCUGCACUCUAACCCCUCACAUUUUGCAAAGGAUCCAGGUGAUUGCUAAUGGCAGCAUAGCUUCUGCAGCAGCCAUGUGCCUAUGGGGAGGAGCAGCACAGAUGGGUUGACAUUUUCCUACCCAGGAUAGCCCCAGGAUCCAUUUGCUCCCAGACCAUAAAGAAGCAAUUUGAAGGACACUCAGCAAGGCUCAUCUCACAGAAUUUCACAGUCCAUGCAAUUGUAUGCAGGUAUUGCCCUAGAAAGAUGCAAUUUACCCCCGAGUGCUUCUAUGCCAUCUUUUUUUCUGGGUUUUUACGCCCCCCCUUUAUUUAUUUAUAAAUUUACACUUGCCAGUUCAGCACAGGCUUUACUAUAAGUCAAGAUGAUAUAUACUAAUAAUGGGAGUUCUCGCCAAUGCUGGAAAGGACCUUGGAGCUCCUCACCAAGUCAGAUCCUUAAAUAGUGAACUUGAGGUCACUCUCUUGUCUCAAGGGCUCUCAACUCUAAACUUUGUGAAAGCCCUGCCUGAGUAAAUUGAAAUACAUUGUCAUAUGCAACGUCUUCAUGAAUUAGGUCAGUUUGUGCAGUUGAUCACUUGUAUCAGCAGUUGAUCAUGUUGCUAUCCUAUAGUUUACAUUCUGUCAGUGUUUUCCAUAUGAACCUUUAUGUUUAGUGGUAUAACUUAGUACACAGAAAAUUAUUUUAUCUGACUUUUAAAGUAUGAAAUCGCUUCAUAGUUGUCAGUUAUUUAGCUGUAAACAAGCCAGGUGUACUAGAUUUUUUGCACUUUAUGAACUUCUGAAUGUUGAAGCCUUUGUGUGAUAUUUCCAUAUAAAACUGAAGUUUUAUUUACAAGAAUCUGUCUGAUACCCUUUUAAUACCCCAACCCUGCAACAGGAUCUGCACAAGUGAAUCUUUGUAACUGAAUGGAGUUCUGUCGAACUCAGUGCACUUUGCCAUGGAUUCCAGGGUCCUACAUGGAUCUGCUUGCAAUAUCCAGAACCAUGGGGAACAUGGUUCAAGGAAUAUUCUGUUUUAUACAGUGUUAUCUACUGUAGUCAAAGAUCCCAAUUUUUUUUUAAAAAGUUUUAUUACUUUAGUCUUUAAACCAGUUCUUUAUUGGUAGUUCACUGUGACGUUUCUGAAGUUCAUUAGGCUACCAUUUUUUAUUUCAAGUGCUGUAUUACAUAAAAUGGCACAAGAAAAUAAGAAGCUGUGUAGAAAUUCCUUUAGAAUUAGGCAUCUCUCAAGAAGAUGAUUCUAAGAGAGAUGAGUCUGGAUACAGGAGACAAUUUUCAUGUUCCCACUGUUUAUUCACUGCUUGUAUGUUUCCCCCUUCCCCUUGCUUUUCUAUAAUUCUGUGGAAUAGGUGUUAAAUUGGCAUUUUCUGUAUUACAUCUUCAGCAUUUGUGUAGCUCUGUUAUGUCUGUGAUCCAGGGGUGGUUUGUUUGAA